AUGUCAUCAGCAGACAAGUCCAGACAAUCGUCCGGGGGGCGAUCUCUUUUUUCCAGAAGUAAGAACAAGGACAAAAGACCGACAGAUGGCGACCACCUUGACGCCGCCAGCACUAUCAGCUUCCGGUCAUCAAGGCACAAAAGAGACUCAUCCUCCGUGUCUAUUGAUACGCCCACAUCUCCCGACCCCGGAGUGAACAUGAUGGCGGGAGUGAUAACAUCUAUCCCCUACGAUAAUAUACCUUCCGGUUCGAGAUCCCCGAUACCCGUCGAUUAUCUCCCCGGUUCCGAACAAGCGCCAGCACGCAGAGAUCCCUUGCCUCACCAACUCAACAAAAGUGGCAUGGAUUUUCAUCAAUACCCCUCGUUCGACCCAUCGAGCGCCAGGCCGAGAGAAUCUAACAUGACCAUGGCUUCUACUGGUCGACAAGCCCAGUUUCAACAAUGGGGUCCUACUCGAGGAAGUGUUGCUAGCACAGUCAAUGGCUCCCAUACCUCUCGAUACGAAUCGUACCUAGACCCCAAUGAUGGCCGUAGCUCUGGUGAGAACCUAAGCUUAUACUCAGGUAAUGCUACCCAUCGAGAUAUUGGGGGGGCAACACGCUCAUCGCAGCUAGCAUUACCAAGUGCCUCGUCGCAGAGUUCCUAUGGCUCUCAGCCGUCGUAUCGAGAAUCCAAUCGAGUCACCAAGUUUCCCGGCCCCUUUCUGACAGCACACGAGGGCUUUUACUUUCCGAAACCGGACGAUGAUAAUGUUAUUGAACAAAUGUUCCUUCAGCUUAUGCAGAAACGAGGAUGGCACAACUUGCCUGAGCAAGCUCGACGACAAAUGAUGGCUUACCCGCCGCAGAAGAAAUGGACACUUCUUUAUCAAGAUCGUUUGACUGAGUGGCAAGGGGAACAAAAGAGAAGGCAAACAGCUCGGUCCAAUCAGUAUGCGGCACCGGAUAUAACGACCUACUCUGACGAAGAAGGCACACCGGAAUGGUAUGUGCGGAAGGUAAUGGAAGACAAGCUGGACGCCAAGGGCCUCGGCAGUCUCGAGGUCAACUUGAGAACCCAGCAGAUAGGCUGGGUAAAGCGAUUUGUCGAGUGCCAGGGACAGGUUGCAUUGGUCACACUGCUACUAAAAAUCAACCGCAAGACAGUGACCGGUCCCCCGCCGGAUAAUGCACGAGCAGAGAAGAACCUGGAUAAGGGUUACGACAUCAUUAAGUGCUUAAAAGCGCUUAUGAACAACAAGUUCGGCGCCGACGAUGCUUUGAUGCAGCAAAAAGUCCUUUUAGCCCUUGCUACCUGUCUCAUAUCAGCACGAAUUACUACUAGGAAGCUCGUGAGCGAAAUAUUAACAUUCCUAUGUACUUGGGGUCGCGAUGGCGAAGGCCAUAUCAAGGUUAUUCAAGCUCUGGAUGAGCUGAAGACUCAAUCUGGUGAGAAUGGCCGAUUCGACGCUUGGAUGCGCUUGGUAGAGGUAACAGUUGAUGGCCGUGGCAAAAUGGGCAGCCUGGUUGGUGCUAGCGAGGAGGUACGAACUGGUGGUAUUGGCAUGGAGAAUCUGCUCAUGGAAUAUGCCGUCACCACCCUCAUGCUCAUCAAUAUGCUGGUAGAUGCGCCAGAGCAUGACCUUCAGCUGCGAAUACAUAUUCGAGCCCAGUUUACAGCAUGCGGCAUCAAACGAAUUCUCACAAAAAUGGAAGGGUUCCAAUAUGAGCUCCUCGACAAGCAAAUUGAGCGGUUUCGUACCAAUGAAGCCAUUGAUUACGAAGAUAUGCUUGAGAGGGAAAAUAGCAGUAUCAAGGACAGCGUCGAAGGUGACGUUAAGGAUCUCACUGAUCCUGUUCAGAUCGCCGACGCCAUUCAGCAACGAAUCCAUGGAAGCAAAGCACAGGAUUAUUUUGUUUCAGCGCUGCAACAUCUCAUGCUCAUCCGCGCUCAAGACGGGGAAGAGCGGUUGCGUAUGUUUCAACUUGUUGACUCAAUGCUGAGCUACGUGGCCAUGGACCGGCGUUUGCCCAACAUGGAUCUUAAGCAAAGUCUCAACUUUACGGUUCAGAGUCUGCUAGAUAAGCUGCAUACCGAUUCAGAGGCACGGCAGGCGCAGGAUGAGUCUCUCGAGUCACGACAGAUAGCGGAGGCCGCCAUGGCGGAGCGUGAUGAAAUGCGUGCCAGGCUUGAACUCGGAGCCGAUGGACUUGUGAAGAAAAUGCAGAAGCAACUUGACGAGCAAGCGCGAUUUAUCGAAGCCCAAAGAAGGCAAGCGGAGGGCCUGAAAGCUGAGCUGAAUAAUGUUCAAACUGUCCGUGCUAAAGAAGCUCAGAGAAACGAGCUAGAGACCCGAGAAUUGUAUCUGAUGUUGAGAGACGCACAAGACAUCGCGGCGUCUAAUGCCCUCAAAGGAAAGCCCGGUCACAGCGACAAUGACAAUGGCAGCACCAAUAACGCGGAAACCGCGGAGCAGAUGCAGGGCAUUUUGGACCGCGACAGACUAAUGGAGCGUCUCCAGAGGCAAUUGGAGCGACAAAAGACACAGUACAAAUUGGAAGGCCGUGUUUGGGGCGAGGCCGGCGGCCCAUCUGACCGGUUGCGAGCCUUACGUGAAGAAAUGGACGAUGACAAUCUGGAAUCACCAGCUGGGAGCGGGACACCGCCUCGUGACCUUACCAACAGUGUUCUGGGCAGCGUGGGUCGCCAGACCAGAAUUCCUCGGAAACCACUUCGCUCUGACAGAGAUGCUGAAGAUAGUGUCAUUGAAGAAAGUGAAGAAACAGAAGGUGAAGAAGGUGUCAUUUACGAACGUCCUCGUAUUGUUGAGAUGAAGCGGCCAACCAUCGACCCUAAGCAACAAGCUGGGCUGGUAAACGAAAUAGGCUCCAAGGUCAAGAAAUAUGAGGGCAGCGACUCGGAGGAUGCCGAUGUCGACGCUACACCAUCGCAUCCCAGCUUGGAAUCAUCAACACCAAGAACCUCAGCAGAUGAUGAGGCUCUUAAGACAGAAUCUGCUGCAGCAGGUCCUGCUCCCCCUCCCCCUCCGCCCAUACCAGGCCAGAUUCCUGGAGCACCACCGCCUCCUCCGCCACCACCUCCACCACCUAUGCCGAGUCUAAUUCCCGGCGGUCCUCCUCCUCCUCCUCCGCCUCCUCCGCCUCCGCCUCCACCGCCUCCACCGCCGCCGCCCGGAUCUAUCCCGGGAUCAGCCUCGGCAGGCUCCAUACCGCCGCCGCCGCCGCCUCCUCCUCCUGGAGCUAUUCCUUCUGGCAAUUACCUACCUCAGAAAUCAACUUAUACUGCUCCGAGUAUUGGUCUCCCCGUGGCACGGCCCAAGAAGAAGCUCAAGGCUUUGCAUUGGGAAAAGCUCGACACCCCCGAGACCAGUCACUGGGCUGCGCAUGCUCCGUCAGCUGAGGAGCGAGAAGAGAAGUAUAAUGAGCUUAGCCGAAAGGGUAUCUUGGACGAGGUUGAGAAGCUUUUUAUGGCCAAAGAAAUUAAGAAAUUGGGCGGUGGCAUGGCCAAGAGUAGUGACAAAAAGCAAAUCAUUUCUGCUGACCUGCGGAAGGCAUACGAAAUCGCCUUUGCCAAGUUUUCACAACAUUCUGUGGAGAAGAUUGUUCGGACGAUUAUUCAUUGUGACACUGAAGUGCUGGAUAAUCAGGUUGUCAUGGAGUUCCUUCAAAAGGAUGACCUAUGCAAUAUUUCCGACAAUGUAGCGAAACAAAUGGCGCCGUACAGCCGAGAUCUGACUGGCCCUGAUGCCACCAGCCAACACCGCGAGCAAGACCCCUCGGAGCUCACAAGACAGGAUCAAAUUUACUUGCAUACCGCGUUUGAGUUGCACCACUACUGGAAGAGCCGCAUGAGGGCCCUGUGGCUAAGUAAAAACUUUGAAUCAGACUACGAGGAGCUCAAUGAGAGAAUAAACCAGGUUGUGACAGUUUCAGAGAGCCUGCGGGACUCUGUAUCGCUUAUGAAUGUCCUUGGCCUUAUUCUCGACAUUGGCAACUAUAUGAAUGACGCUAACAAACAAGCGCGUGGUUUCAAGCUAAGCUCACUAGCACGGUUAGGCAUGGUCAAGGAUGACAAGAAUGAAUCCUCGCUGGCAGAUCUGGUGGAGCGUAUAGUUCGAAGUCAGUACCCCGAAUGGGAGGGAUUCGCCAACGACAUCAGCGGUGUUGUGGCGGCACAAAAGAUCAAUGUGGAACAGCUGCAGGCGGAUGCUAAGAAAUACAUUGAGACCAUUCGCAAUGUGCAAAUGUCCCUGGACUCCGGGAACCUCAGCGACCCCAAACAAUUCCAUCCUGAGGAUCGCGUCAGCCAAAUCGUGCAGCGAUGCAUGAAGGAAGCACGACGCAAGGCCGACCAAAUGGAGCUCUAUCUUGAUGAAAUGAUUAAAACUUAUAAGGACAUUAUGGUGUUUUAUGGAGAGGAUCCUACCGACGAAAACGCCAAACGAGAGUUCUUCGCCAAACUAGCCAAUUUUUUGUUGGAGUGGAAGAAAUCAAAGGAGAAGAAUACUAAGCUGGAAGAUAUGAGGAGACGAAACGAAGCGUCCAUGAAGCGUAAGCACACUGCGCAAAAGGGAGGAGCUGCAGCAGCUCUGGGCGAAGGAAGCGCCUCACCAACUAGUACCGGCGCGAUGGACUCGCUGCUUGAGAAGCUUCGAGCAGCGGCGCCGCAAGCCCGGGACCAGAGAGAUCGACGUCGUCGCGCACGUCUCAAGGACAGACACCAAGUGCGAGUGGCUUCGGGCCAAAAGAUUCCUGACCUGGCUGAAGUACCCGACGCCGAGACCGGUCUACAAAAUAUUGAAAAGGCGAUUGACGAAGAGGGCAACCCGAUUGUUAGCCCUGGGCUGAGUUCACCUAGAGAAGGAGAUGAAGAUGUUGCUGACCGAGCCGCCGCCUUGCUACAAGGUAUGCGUGGCGACGGGGACGAUGAUGCCGCCAAGAGAGAGAGCCUACGGCAAGCGAGAAGACAAACAGCUGAGGAUGAGCGUCGAUCAAGAAGACGGAGGAGAGAGAAAGCAGGCGCUAGCCAAAUGAGCGGAACUGCAGAGGAAGCAGCUGCAGCAGAUGGCACUGCGGCUGGCGUACCAGAAGCGGUCGAAGAAGAGGCGGAGAAGGAGCCAGAGCCAGAUGAAGGGCCUAUGGAGGGAGCAAAGUUAGAAGCGGAGAACGAGUAG